CGUUAAAUAAGAACGCGCAUAAAGAACGGCCGCGGCUCUCUCGCGCUCUCGCGUGCAAUAUAAUGAGAAACGAGGUUGAGAGUCGACCAGUUCCAGAGCGACCAAGCACCGGUAAUUUCGACCAUCGGAGUCUUCACUUUCGACUCGCUGUCGGGCGUAAAGAAUACUUUCCUUCUCUUGUUUUUGCCAAUGAAAAGCCGUAUAAAUUUGUUAUUCCAGAGAUGCGAAGCUCUGCAACAUUGCUGCUCGCCGUUUUCGCGGUUAUCCAGCUGUCCGCUGCAGCCGCUCCCAACAACUGUUUGAAGACCAGCACCGAGUGCGUUCACAGCUCCGAAUGCUGCUCCGGAUGCUGCAUAGAGGCCAAGUGCCUCGAGAACGCCGACGCCUGUCAGAGCGUCCUGGCGAAGCUGGGCGCCGGAAAAGGUGGGCCAUGCGCGAAUCUCGAGCCUCCGUGCAAGCCGUCUUACACCUGCGUCCUGCAGCAGGCUCUAUGCGUCCAGGCACCUUGCAAACCCGUGCCCACUUGUGUCCCGCCCGAUUAUCACGAUUACGAGUGAACUGCGAUGAGUUUUGAAAUUUUAUAUAUGCUUUUCGUGCUUCUCUAUAUCGAUGACGAACCGAGCCUCGCUGUGUAAUGCGAUUUCGAGAAAAAAAGAUUCGUACUUUUUUACAGAUAUGUUAUUGUAUGUACUCCAGCGAGAUACUGUAAAAUGUAUAAUUUUAUUAGCCAAGGCUUGAUCAAUAAAGUGUGAAAAAAUAGAA